AUGCCCCUAGGGAGCGGAAACCGCCUCCGCGCUGCCGCCUCCCGCCACUACUCCGCCCUCUUGUCUCCCGCCGCUGUCUGCACGAUCCCAACGUUUGACGCAUCAAGUGGUGACCAAAACCCGCCAAAGCACCAAAUAUCUGUUCAGAGGGCGCCAGAUGAUGGGAAGCUUGAAGGGGACCAGACUUCAUUGCGAAAGCAGCAACAUUUACCCCUGGAAUUUGCAUAUGACUUAGAGCUCCAGAGGGAUCCGGGAGGCAGUCUCAUCGAGUAUGGCUGCGGAGCUUGGAGUGUUGUUUACAGUGCCACAUCCCGCUGGAUCCGCACACCUCGAGACUCUCCGCCGACACCACCCCAACGAAGGGUAUCGACAUUUACUUCAGGCUCCAACCUUGCAGUUAAAUCUCCAAUGCGGUGUGAUGCGAACUCCAUCCUCCUUGCAGAAGCGCGACUUCUCUCCCGGCUCUCUACCAUCCCUGGCGUAGAGCAUCACGUAGUCCCCUUCCACGGGUUUAUCUCCUCGUCCAAUUCCCUUGUCCUAUCGGCACUCCCGCUCAGUCUCUCGACAUAUAUAAGCAAUCAAGCCGCCUCUGCGCGACAAACGUUCUCGACCAAAACGAUGUUUGAUCCGGUCCUCAGCAUGCCCCAGUGGCUUUCGCUUGCAAGGAAGCUGGUCCGCGGCUUGGAAUGGCUGCAUUCGCGUGCCCAGAUCGUCCAUGGAGACAUCAAGCCGCAAAAUAUCCUGCUCAGACCCCAAGAAUCGUCCGAUAGUGAUUGCGCAAAAGACCAUCUAUUCCCUUAUGAACCCCUCUACAUAGAUUUUACGUCCUCGUACGACCCGUCCACCACCGGACUUAGCCCACAGGGUCCCAGCCCCUCACUGUCAGCCCUAUCACCGCCUUUCGCCGCACCUGAACUGCUUACGGUCCAAUCUCUGAAAUCCACCGAGGUGGUCCAAUCCAAGGGCUCCGACGUGUUCUCCUUGGCGGUCACACUGCUCGCGGCUGUCACCGGCGACUUGCUGCUGCAUCCCGGAUCAAGCAAUAUGCAGCGGUUGGCCAUGUCGAGGGAGGGUCAUCGGGUCUUGGAUCAUGUUAGAUCUGGCGUGCAUGGCUCGAGGCUGCCAAUAGGGGGCAUCGUGGAAAAGAUACUCUCUCCGGCUGUUGUGAAGGAUCCGGAGACCAGAAUCAAGCCGGCUGACUGGCUCCGGAUGAUUGAGGAUGUUAUUGCUGCCGAGGACCCGCAUAAGUGA